CCUAUUUGUUUAGUAGCACUUUUGAAGAAAUUUGUUGUUAUGUUACUGUUAUUUUUGUGGAUUCUUAUAUAUAAAAGAUCUGAAUAACUAAAUAAUAUAUUUUGUUAGGAAUUGUUAUGUUGCUGUUAUUUUUGUUAGUGUUGUGGAUGUUUGUAAAACGUGGACUGAUCCACGUUAUACAAAAUAUAGUGUAUAACGUGGAUCAAUCCACAUUUUACAAGUUGAAACAUUGUGGAACUGGAUAUUGCCAAUAAUAGACCGAUGAUGACAUUUUCGGUACAGGAAAAAAGAAUUGUGAAAUGUGUCAAAGAAUCGAAUUUUUUCCUCUCUUUUUGUGAAUGUUGCUUUGUUUGAUGUAUUUAUGCAUUACCAUAGUAAUUUAUGACUGCAGAACCUGUAAUUUCUUCAAUAUAUUUUGUUAUGGAUUUUUAUACAAUAUAUUUUGUUAUGGAUUGUUAUACAAUAUAUUUUUUUAAUAGUGAGUUACUCCAAAUAACUUGAUCUGGAUUUCAUUUUUUUUUUUGUAUAAGGUAUGGAGUUUCCACGGGUAUGCGUACAUCCGGGGCCAGAAGUGUACGAUGUGUUAACACUCCAGGAGAAGCAUCGAUCAGAGGCUGUGUGGGAUGGUUCCUUGAGAGGACCGACCGGAUGCCUGUUUCCUCGCCGCGCGGAUACUGAAUUUUGGAAGCAUGUGAGGCGUCAUCCUUUUCAUCCUCGCAUCCUUGACUACUUUGGCCUGUGUGGAUUUAGGGGAGUAAUAGAGGUAGGAUGUGUAUCAUAUGAUUGGGCAGUCAUCACUGCACUUAUAGAGAGAUGGCGUCCUGAGACGCACACCUUUCAUCUGCGUACAGAUAUAUCGAUAUUGGUGGGUGGCAACAAUUGAUCCAUGAGCUUACUGGUUGGGCACCCGGUCUGGAUUGUUUUAAUGGUGUUAGUAGGUUAGAAGUACAUAAAUUAAUUGAAUAUAUUAGAGGCUUAGAUGUUAUUACAGAUCAGA